UUUCUUCAAGGUGUUAGACACGGUCGGUGAUUAGAUAUUCGCAUUAUUAAACCAAAACUUUUUUUUUUGAUCAGUUUGGAUGUGGACUUUAGCAGAUAUUGACGAUACGAUAAACGUUUCUGGUGUAAUGACAUUUUCUGUGAAGGCAGUGAUUUUUAUUGUUACUCAUGUUAUGCUGCAUAUUGUGGUUUGUGCAAAUAUGUUCAGAGAUGUGGCGCUACGCUUUUAUCAUGGAGAAACAACCAACAUUUACACAGAAUUCAAUUUAACGGACGCUAUAAAAUUGCUGCAACAUCCAUCGUUCCAUGAAAAUCAUUCUACAGUCAUUUAUAUUCACGGUUGGAACGAAAAGAUGAACGAGGCUGAAACAUUGUUGGUCAUUGUUGAAGCAUAUUUGACUCGAAAAAAGCACAACGUUCUCGCUCUAAAUUAUGAAAAGUUAUCCGAAAAGUUUUACACAACUGUGGUGGAUAAUGCCAAAAAGCUCGGCACAAGACUUGCUGACGCUUUACGGAAUUUAUAUUACUCCGGUUUGAAUCCAGACCGUGUGCACUUGAUGGGAUUUUCAGUCGGUGCACAUAUUUGCGGUGAAGUGGGACGUGCGCUGCGACCGCAUUUUACAAUUCCGAGAAUCACAGGAUUUGAUCCGAGUUAUCCGAUGUAUUAUGGUACAAGUAACCAUGUCGAGCUUAAUAGAUCCGAUGCCCGGUUCGUUGAUAUAAUCCAUACAGAUCUGGGAAUUACCGGAGGACCAACGUCUUCAGGUCAUGCAGAUUUUUAUCCGAAUGGUGGUAGACGACCACAGCCUAGAUGUGGAUCAGCACUUUGGCAAUUUUUGUCCCUUGCUAUUGGUGAUCACUGUGCUCAUGAUUCGUCGGUACAUUACUAUGCCCGGAGUGUGACGGCAAUUAACCCAAUUUUCAUCGCAAUAAAUAAAUUGAAUCCAUACGAUACCACGCAAAUGGGCUACAACUGUUCCAACACGGCCUCUGGCGAUUAUAUUUUGAAGACUGAUUAAUUAAUUCCGAUGGGACUUCGGGGAACGUACAACUAAAUUCCUCGAUAGUUUAUGUGCGCGUUGAUUGCGAUUGACUUUUUGUUUCAUAAUG